AUGGCAGCAAUAUCCCCCGCCCCCGCCUCAACACCCACGCCCACACCCUCGACAGCCCCAACGCUCACGUCCCCCAACUUCGUCUUCCCACCACACUACUCCUUCCCGCCCUUCUUCACCCUCCAACCCGUCGCCAGCACACGCUCCUCCCAACUAGCCUCCUGGUCCACGCUCAUCCAAUCCUACUGCCGCCACAACCGCAUCUUCACCCUCUCCCUCAUCGACGCGCUCCCCACCCCGCUCUUCACAAACACCACGCUGCGACGCAGCCUCUCCCUGCGCGACGCAAAAGCCAUCAUAACCUACAUGGCCUCCCCCGAAGGCGGCAACCGCGCCGAGUUCAUCAACACGAGUUCCUCGAAGAAGGCGAAGGCGGGGGAAGAGAGCGAGGGUGGCAAGGCGUGGAUAUAUUGGCGGAGGCCGGAGGAGUGGGCUGCGGCGUUGGAGGAGUGGGUUGAGAGGACGGGGCAGAAGGGUACGGUGCUUACGCUGUAUGAGAUUGUCGAGGGGGAUGCGAGUCGGCGGGAGGAGUUCUUUGGCAUGGAUUUGGAGUUGUUGCAGAGGAGUUUGGGGGUUUGUGUUAAGAGGGGGAGGGCGCAGGUCUUUGGGUCGGGGGGUGAAGGCGAGGGUGUCAAGUUCUUUUGA